AUGGCUCCCUGGCGUAUGUACACCGGGCGCACCCAAAAGCUCCUCGACUUGUACUGUGGGGCCUGUCGCUACCGCAUGCAGACACCGCAGGCGUUUUCUUUGCUGCUGCAGCAGCAGCCGGAGCUGCUGCUGGCCUCCUUGGAGCAGCAGCAGCAGCAGCAGCCCGAGCAGCGCGGGCGCGGGGCCCCCGACGCAGCAGCAACUGCUGCAGCAGCAGCAAGGCGAGCUGCUGCUGCCCUCAAGCCUCUGCCGCAGCAGGAGAAGCCGCCCUUGCCGCCGCAGCAGCACACUGCGAACUUGUUCCCCCGCCGCAGCCGUGCUGCAGCAGCUCUGGAGCAGCAGCAGCAGCAGCAGCAGCAGGAGCCGCAGCAAGACCCCCCGGAAGCGGCUCUUCCUGCUGCUCUCGCGCGGCACUUCGCGCUGCUGCCUCUUGCUGCUCCUGCUGCGCUGCUGCAGCAGCAAACUGCUGUGCUGCACCGAGCCUUCGCUGGCCACCCCCUCAUGGGCACUCGCAGGCAGCGGGGUGUAUAUACACCUCAAAGCCCUGCCAACAAAACAGCAGCAGCUCUCAACAGCGCCCGCGUUGCAUGCCCUCAGUGCGGAGGGACUGCCAAGUGGAAGGCCCCACAGACCUGA